CCAAACAAAACCCGAAUGGCGUAUUUAUACUCUUUCUUCCAUAAGAAACGAGCCCUAGUAUCGAUUUCUUCAUCUCUCUUCAAGGUAAAUUCCGUCGUCUACCUCACAAGAAUCCUCACCCAGUUGUUUUCGACGGGGUUUCUGAGCCAUUUUCCAAACCUGAGAUUCAUCCAUCCGGCCUUUGGAGGCAUUACCGCGCGCUCGGUGCCGCCGAGGCAACUGGUUCAAGAUCGAACCUGAGAACAUGUCGUCCUCGGGACCACAGCAGUUUCGUUACACACAGACGCCGUCCAAGGUGUUGCAUCUGCGGAACCUUCCCUGGGAGUGCACGGAGGAGGAGCUCGUCGAACUAUGCAAGCCAUUUGGAAAGAUUGUCAAUACAAAGUCCAACGUGGGCGCUAACCGCAACCAGGCCUUUGUUGAAUUUGCGGACCUUAACCAAGCCAUUUCAAUGGUUUCAUAUUAUGCUUCAUCCUCUGAGCCUGCACAGAUUCGUGGCAAAACUGUCUAUAUUCAAUACUCAAAUAGGCAGGAGAUUGUAAACAACAAGGGUUCUGGUGAUAUUGCUGGGAAUGUCUUACUGGUUACAAUUGAGGGUGUUGAAGCGGGUGAUGUCAGCAUAGAUGUGAUUCAUCUGGUUUUUUCAGCAUUUGGAUUUGUGCACAAGAUUGCUACGUUCGAGAAGGCUGCUGGUUUUCAGGCCUUGAUCCUGUUUACCGAUGCAGAGACUGCCUCAGCUGCUAGAAAUGCAUUAGAUGGAAGGAGUAUUCCAAGAUACUUGCUCCCAGAACAUGUUACUUGUUGCCACUUGCGCAUCUCAUAUUCUGCACACACAGAUUUAAAUAUAAAAUUCCAGUCACAUCGCAGCAGAGAUUACACUAAUCCUUAUCUGCCUGUUAACCCUUCGGCAAUAGAGAGUGCUUUACAGCCUGCAUUAGGUCCUGAUGGUAAGACAAAGGAGCCUGAGAGCAAUGUACUUCUUGCUUCCAUCGAAAAUAUGCAAUAUGAUGUUACUGUUGAUGUGCUUCAUACUGUCUUCUCGGCCUUCGGUACGGUCCAAAAAAUUGCAAUAUUUGAGAAGAAUGGUGGCAUGCAGGCUUUAAUCCAGUAUCCGGAUGUGACAACUGCAACAGUUUCUAAAGAAGCAUUAGAAGGGCACUGCAUCUAUGAUGGUGGCUACUGUAAGCUUCAUCUGUCAUAUUCUCGUCAUACCGAUCUCAUUGUAAAGGCGCACUCUGAUAAAAGUAGGGAUUAUACAAUUCCUGUUUCAGGCGUUCUUUCAUCACCACAACCUCCUGCUGUGCCUGCUGCUGUCGCCAGUUGGCAAAGUGCUCCUCAAGCUCCAUCAAUGUAUGGCGCUCCAGCAACUUCUGCCAGGCAAAUUCCAACAUGGGAUCCUAAUAUGAUGGGGGUUCGACCUGAUUUCUCUACAGUAGCUCGCACAUACACCGAACAAACUUAUGCCCCGUCAUCUCUAUCUCCAUACCCUACAUCUGGGCGGCACCCUGCCACUACUGAAUUGCGUCAACCUUCUCAAUUUCCCCCACACAGUGCUCAACCGGGCAGUUGGCCUUCAGCUCGACCACCUUUGCAUUAGUAAUGUCUUCUGUAUCCUCUACCGGUUGCUGUUAUCAGACAACCUUUUGAGCUGAUUUUGAUGCCACAGUUGCUCUUCAUAUUUUUAGUGUCUUCAUUAUCUCACCAAGUGUGGUGUUUUCAGUUUUUAGCGUUGUUUCCUGUUUAUUUUUAUGUUGUUUGAUGACAAACUAUGUUUGCUCUUUGCGGAAUAUGAGACUAAUUUUCGUUCU